AUGGCCUACCAAGCCGGCGGCAAUUCGCCUGGGGGCUACGGCGACCAUCGCAUGCAAGACCUCCAGAAUAACGGGAGUCAAUACCACCUGCCGCAAGAAGAUGACGCCUCGCGUUCGUUGCUCCAUCAGAACCAAGGUCCCUUCAGCGGCCCUUUUGACGACCCUCAACACCGCAAUACCUCGCCGGCUCGACCCGCGUCGAGAUACAGUUUGACUGAGUCCUACGCCACGGAUCCACAAGCCAUGAAUCAAUACAACGACCCCAUGUACGGCCAGCAAAUGGACAAUCCGGCCGCGGGCUUUGGUGUGCCCGGCCGUGUUCCAUCGCCCUACAGCCGCAGCGAAACCUCUUCGACGGAAGCCUGGCGUCAGAGACAGGCACCCCAGGGAAAUCUGCGUCGAUAUGCCACCAGAAAGGUAAAGCUUGUCCAGGGUUCCGUGCUGAGCGUGGAUUACCCCGUCCCAAGUGCUAUCCAGAAUGCUGUUCAAGCUAAAUACCGUAACGACCUGGAAGGAGGCAGCGAAGAGUUCACCCACAUGAGAUAUACCGCCGCAACCUGCGAUCCGAACGACUUUACCCUCCACAACGGUUACAAUCUGCGCCCCGCCAUGUAUAACCGCCACACCGAACUAUUAAUCGCCAUUACAUACUACAACGAAGAUAAGAUGCUGACAGCUCGCACACUCCACGGUGUCAUGCAAAAUAUUCGCGAUAUUGUAAAUCUCAAGAAAUCGGAAUUUUGGAAUAAAGGUGGCCCUGCCUGGCAAAAGAUCGUUGUUGCUUUGAUCUUCGACGGUAUUGAUCCCUGUGACAAGGACGUUUUGGACGUCUUAGCGACUAUUGGUGUGUAUCAGGACGGUGUAAUGAAACGUGACGUCGACGGCAAGGAAACAGUUUCUCAUAUUUUUGAAUAUACCACCCAAUUGUCUGUCACUGCAAACCAACAACUGAUCCGUCCACACGAUGACGGCCCAUCUACCCUUCCACCUGUUCAAAUGAUGUUUUGUCUAAAGCAAAAGAACAGCAAAAAAAUCAAUUCCCACAGAUGGCUUUUUAACGCAUUCGGUAGAAUUCUGAACCCUGAAGUUUGCAUAUUAUUGGACGCUGGCACGAAACCCGGACCCAAGUCACUUCUUGCACUUUGGGAAGCUUUCUAUAACGACAAAGAUUUGGGCGGCUCCUGUGGUGAAAUCCAUGCCAUGUUGGGCAAAGGUUGGAAAAAGUUGAUUAAUCCGUUGGUCGCAUCCCAAAAUUUUGAGUAUAAGAUCAGUAAUAUUCUGGAUAAGCCAUUGGAAAGCUCUUUCGGAUAUGUCAGUGUGUUGCCUGGCGCUUUCUCAGCAUAUCGCUUCCGCGCCAUCAUGGGCCGUCCUCUUGAGCAGUAUUUCCAUGGCGAUCACACCCUCUCUAAGCAACUUGGCCCAAAGGGUAUCGAAGGCAUGAACAUUUUCAAGAAAAACAUGUUUUUGGCUGAAGAUCGUAUUCUCUGUUUUGAAUUGGUUGCCAAAGCCGGCUCCAAAUGGCAUCUGACCUAUGUCAAAGCUUCGAAAGGAGAAACCGAUGUACCUGAGGGUGCUCCUGAAUUUAUCUCCCAGCGUCGACGCUGGCUUAACGGCUCCUUCGCUGCAAGCAUUUACGCCCUCAUGCAUUUCGGCAGGAUGUACAAGAGCGGGCAUAAUAUUCUCCGCAUGUUUUUCUUCCACAUUCAAAUGCUUUACAAUACAUUUACCGUUUUUUUGACCUGGUUUGCCCUUGCUUCGUACUGGCUUACAACUUCCGUUAUCAUGGACCUUGUCGGGAACCCUACCAAGGAAAGUGAAAGAGCCUUUCCGUUUGGAAACAAAGUCACACCUAUCCUCAAUACUAUCUUGAAAUACAUGUAUCUCGGUUUCCUCCUACUUCAAUUCAUUCUCGCUCUCGGUAACAGACCAAAAGGAUCUAAACACUCCUAUAUAACGUCUUUCAUUGUCUUCGGUACUGUUCAGCUCUACAUCGUCAUUCUGUCUAUGUACUUGGUUGUCCGAGCCUUCUCUGGGGGCGUGGAAUUCGAUGUCAAUAAUGGCGUUGACGGAUUCUUGCGGUCAUUUUUUGGCUCCAGCGGUGCCGGUAUCAUCAUCAUCGCCCUCGCUGCUACAUUCGGACUUUACUUCGUUGCGUCCUUCAUGUACAUGGACCCGUGGCAUAUGUUUACCUCAUUCCCCGCUUACCUACUCAUCAUGUCUUCGUAUAUUAACAUUCUUAUGGUCUACGCAUUCAGCAACUGGCACGAUGUUUCAUGGGGUACCAAAGGUUCAGACAAAGCAGAUGCUUUGCCAUCAGCACAAACAAAAAAGGAAGAAGGCGGCAAAGCUGCAGUUAUUGAAGAAAUUGACAAACCCCAAGCUGAUAUCGAUAGCCAAUUUGAAGCUACAGUGAAAAGAGCCUUGACUCCAUAUGUUGAGCCAAAAAGUGAUGAAAAGAAGUCCCUGGAGGACUCGUACAAGAGUUUCCGGACUCGGUUGGUCGCAUCGUGGUUAUUUUCUAACGCCCUGCUCGCGGUAGCUAUCACCAGUGACAACGUGAACAAGUUUGGUUUUACGUCUCAAGCAACUACCCGAACUGCUCGUUUCUUCCAAGCGUUACUCUGGGCUACGGCUGCACUUUCUUUGAUCCGUUUUAUCGGAGCCUGUUGGUUUCUGGGUAAAUCUGGUAUCAUGUGCUGUUUUGCCAGGAGAUAA